UCUCUACUCUCAACACAUUUUCAUCUCAAUAGUACUGUAACAAGCUACUUUGAGUGAUUCUAAAAUGGGUACCAGAAACAAUGUCAAGCUUUUCAUUUUCUUGGGUCUUCUGUUCGCUGUCGUUUCAUUAAUCUCUUCUGAGGUUUCAGCAGCCAAGGAUUUGGCCGAGAAAACAACAGAAGAAGAGAGAACUAAGAAAAAUGGUCUAAAAGAUGCCCACUACGGAGGAUCUAAUGGUAGAGGUGGUUACCAAGGUGGCAAUGGAGGUGGUUACCAAGGCGGCAAUGGUGGUGGAUACCAAGGUGGAAAUGGAGGUGGGUACCAAGGUGGCAAUGGAGGCGGAUACAAAGGUGGCAAUGGAGGCAAUGGAGGAGGGUACCAAGGUGGCAAUGGAGGUGGAUACCAAGGGGGCAACGGAGGUGGAUACAAAGGUGGCAACGGAGGGUACCAAGGUGGCAACAGAGGUGGUUACAAAGGUGGCAACGGAGGUGGAUACAAAGGUGGCAACGGAGGGCACCAAGGCGGCAACGGAGGGGGAUACAAAGGUGGUAACGGAGGAAAUGGAGGUGGGUACCAAGGUGGAAACGGGCGUGGUGGUGGAGGAAGAGGUGGAGGUGGUGGCGGUAAAGGAGGCCGUGGAUGCCCACAUGGUUGUUGAGACCGUGGAGGGUACUAGGGUGAUUAGUAACGGUUGUUACUAAUCUGCUGCUCAAGUCGAACCUUUCACUUUUCAAACUACGACUACAAUUAGUACCACUACGGAUGAUCUCAUGCCUUAGAGAUAAAGCUCCUAUGUGUAUCUGGAGAAUAUGCUGUAUUAUUACUUUCAUAUAUCUUCGAGCAAGCUACUUCGAAAAUAAUCGCUCGACUUGAAUUACAAUUCAUAUCAUAUGAAUGAAAUAAGAUAUUUUAUGCCCAAAGCUAUCAAA